AUGUCCGAACAAGACGUUUAUCCAGACAAAUACAACAAAUUGCGAAGUAAAUACAAAUACUAUAUUGAUUCAUAUCUUCCGCUGUAUCAGUUGAAAACGGAAAAAGAAGAAGAAUUAAAGUCUAUUUACAAAAUGAUCAAAACAGAAUUGAUUGAUUCCAAGAAAUAUCCAAUCAAAACGAUUAUGGAAAACAUUUUAAGUAUCAUUCCGUAUAAUAAUCGCUAUGCAAAAUCAUAUUUAUUUCUGGCCAAACUGUUAUCUGAUGAAUAUCAUGUCAAAGAAGUCAACAACGUCAUGUUUAUUUCAAACUUCCUGUUUUAUAAAGAAUACGGAAUCAAAUUAGACAAGUCUACAGAUUUCAAAGGAAUUAAAUCUGAAAAUCUCAAAAUUCAUUCAGAAAAUACAAUUUACAGAGCAAUUAUGUAUAAUGACUUAGAAACAUUCAUUUCAUUCACCGAAAGAGAUGGAUUUGAUAAAAAUCAAAUACUUCAAAGCCAAUUAUAUCCAUAUUCUAAGAAAGGAUAUUCAUUACUUGAAUUAUGUUGUUACCAUGGAGCAGUUGAUCGUUUCAAGUUAUUAAGAUCGAAAUUUAACUCAGAAAUAACUCAAACAUGUCUAGAAUUUUCAUUUUUAGGCAGAAAUCAAGAGAUCAUGAGUGAAUGUUUGAAAUAUCAAGAACCAGAUAAAUAUUGUAUGAGAUAUGCAAUUAUUUCACACAACAUUGAUUUUGUUACAUUUUUGAUGAAUGAAUACAAUAUAGAGAUCGAUUUAGAAUACUGUGGAAUUUACAAUAAUCUUGAAUCCUUUUUAGUUCAUUUCGAUCAAACUAAUGAUAUAAACAAAUGCUUUGUUUAUUCUCCGAUUUUUAAUAUUCCAUCCUUUUUGGAAUUCUUCAUUUCACAUGGUGCGAAUGUCAAUGAAAAAAAUGAAGAUGGUCUAACCGCCCUUCAUUUUGCAGCAAUUUAUAAUAGUAUAGAAAUUACCGAAGUCCUUCUUUUACAUGGAGCGAAUAUCAAUGAAAAAAAUAAAAAAGGAGAAACCGCCCUUCAUAAUGCAGCAUGGAAUCAUCGUAGAGAAAUUACAUAA